ACCCCCGAUCAAUCUCUUCGUCAAUCCUUCAAUUGUCUUCUUCUUCCUUUCGAAAACCAAAAAAAUGAGUCUCAUAAAAGCAACUGUCCUUCUCCUCCUAGCGAUGAUGAUCGGCGUUUCGUAUGCCGUAGACAUGUCGAUCAUCUCAUACGACGAGAAACACCACAUGUCCGCCGUCAACGGCCGGAGCGACGCCGAGGUCGCGAAACUCUACGAGGCGUGGAUGGAGAAACACGGUAAGAAGAAGAUGAUGACGACGCAGAGCAACGGUCUUGUCACCGACCAGAGGUUCGAGAUCUUCAGAGACAACCUCCGUUUCAUCGACGAACACAACACCAAAAACCUCAGUUACAAACUCGGUUUAACCCGGUUCGCUGAUCUAACCAACGAAGAGUACCGAUCUAUCUACCUCGGUGCUAAACCGAGGAAAAGAGUCCUCAAAACCAGCGAUCGUUAUCAGCCGCGUGUUGGUGACGCGCUCCCGGAGUCCGUUGACUGGAGGAAAGAAGGUGCCGUCGCCGCCGUUAAAGAUCAGGGUAGCUGCGGGAGCUGUUGGGCAUUUUCAACGAUUGGAGCAGUGGAAGGAAUAAAUAAGAUUGUGACAGGAGACUUGAUCUCUUUGUCUGAACAAGAACUGGUAGACUGUGAUACAUCUUACAACCAAGGUUGUAAUGGAGGUUUGAUGGAUUAUGCGUUUGAGUUCAUCAUCAAAAAUGGCGGUAUUGAUACCGAAGAGGAUUACCCAUACAAAGCUGCUGAUGGUCGUUGUGAUCAGAACAGGAAAAACGCAAAGGUUGUCACAAUUGAUGCGUAUGAAGAUGUGCCUGAGAACAACGAGGCUGCGCUUAAGAAAGCUUUGGCUAACCAGCCUAUUAGUGUUGCCAUUGAAGCUGGUGGUCGCGCUUUCCAGCUCUAUUCUUCGGGUGUAUUUGAUGGAACAUGCGGUACGGAGCUAGACCACGGAGUUGUAGCGGUUGGUUACGGAACUGAGAACGGAAAGGACUACUGGAUUGUGAGGAACUCAUGGGGAGGAAGCUGGGGAGAGAGCGGAUACAUAAAGAUGGCACGUAACAUUGCGGAGGCAACUGGAAAGUGUGGAAUCGCCAUGGAGGCUUCGUAUCCGAUCAAGAAGGGGCAGAACCCGCCACACCCUGGACCGUCACCACCGUCUCCCAUCAAGCCACCGACCAAGUGUGACAAAUACUACUCUUGCCCCGAAGGGAACACUUGCUGUUGUCUCUUCAAGUACGGUAAGUACUGCUUCGGUUGGGGAUGUUGCCCUCUGGAAGCCGCUACUUGCUGCGAUGAUAACACUAGUUGCUGUCCUCAUGAGUACCCGGUUUGCAAUGGCGAUACCUGUUUGAUGAGCAAGAACAGUCCGUUUAGCGUUAAGGCCUUGAAGCGCACACCGGCAAAACCGUUCUGGGCACAUAGCAGAAAGAACAUUGCUUAAGAGAACACUGAAGAGAUUCAUUCCUCUUGACAGAGGAAAGACAAUGAGACAUCAAAAAGCUUUCUCAUUAUUGUUGUUGUUCUAAUUAUUUUAAAAUUGCUGAUUCUGCUGUUUGGGGGGUUUUCUGUACAUAUAAAACCUCUUCCCUAAGUUUCAUUCAGUUUCAUCACUGUCAAAUUAACAAACUCAUGCAAAUGGGUUUUGGUUAAUUUUUAUCUCAAAACAUUGGUAAUUUAUCAGUUUAUUAUUAUGGAUAAAUUAUACUUUUCCUUUCUAAAA